AUGGAUCUGCGCGAGACUGUCAGGAAGUUUGCGGAGCGGGAGUUGACUGACGAGACGGUACGGGCGAUGGACAGGGAGUCUCAUUGGCCUCACUUCAGACAAUUCUGGUCUAAAUUGGGUUCAAUGAGUUUACUAGGAGUGACGGCUGAGUCCCGGUUCGGUGGCCUCGGAUUGGGAUACUUCGAGCACUCGCUUGUGGUGGAGGAGAUCGCCCGGCGCUGUCCGGCCAUCGCCGUGUCCUACGGAGCUCACAGUAAUCCCUGUGUUAAUCAGUUGGCGCUCAACGCCACUGAAGAUCAGAAGCGGAAAUAUCUGCCAAAACUGAUUGACGGCUCGCAUGUCGGCGCUAUGGCUAUCAGUGAAGUGGACAGCGGUUCAGAUCCGAUGUCUAUGAAGACUGUCGCCCGAAGACAUAAAGACUAUUACGUGUUGAACGGAUCCAAGUUCUGGAUCACCAACGCCUCGGAGGCGGACGUAGUGUUUGUCUACGCGAAGACCAGCGACACAGGAAUCACACCAUUCAUUGUGGAGAAGGGAAUGGAGGGCUUCCGUGUCAGCCAACACAUCGAUAAACUCGGGAUGAGAGGGUCGCCUACCGGUGAGCUGCUGUUCAACGACUGCAAGGUUCCCGUCGCCAAUAUGGUGGGACAGGUAGACGAGGGGGUGUACGUCCUCAUGAGUGGCUUCGACUACGAGCGCCUG